CCUCCACCCCCACCCAGAUUUUUUCAACGUGCACUAGCACAAGUUACGUGAGUGCAGGGUGACAGGUCUGGGGCACCCGUUGGGAAUAUGCAAUCAAUCAUGAAAAAACGCACAAGGAUAUUGAGCAGAAGCGCUGAGCUGGCUUCCCCAGUAGAAUGUGUUCAUGUGUAACAUCCCGCCGGCUAAGUGAUACCAAAAUGGCUCCUAGCCCUUGAAAUACUAGCGUGAUUAGCUGGAGGAAUUGGCUGUUUGUGUCAAUCACUCUCCCACACCGGCUCGUGCUUCACUUCCCGAGGUGCGCGCGGGGAGACGGCAGCACUCGGCUAACGGAGGCGACGGAGGCAGCAGCUGCCCGGAUUUUUUUCCCCCCCUCGUGCUGGUGAUUAAAUACUUCUUGUGUCUUUUGCCGCUGCUAUAAUCCGUGUAGCAGAGAAAGAGGUUGCGGGAGAAUAAUGGUGAAUGAAGCUCUGAAUCAUUCCAGCUGGCUGCACCUCAAAUAGCACUGUGUAGAGAAUGGGAUUGGACUCCCUCGUUCAGUCACUAGAGCAGCAGCAUUUUAAGGAGUUUCUCCCAGAAAUUGUUCCAGAACGAGGGGCUUCUGUUCUGCCUCUUCCCCCAGCAGGAGUCCCAUUUCAGCUGGAGAUAACACAGAGGAAAUUGCACCAGGCCUCGGCUGCCUACGUCGUCUAUCCCCAUUCAAGAAAAAGGUGUGACCGACCAGUGAAUCGUCCUCCCGCCAGCGUGUGCCAAAAGCGGGCCACUUUCACUGCCGCCUCUGAACGACGGUCCUCCAUGCACUGCAAUGGUUACAUGAAAACCCUCUGAAUGCUACAGAGCCCUGCGACGUCGCCACCGUGGAACACGUGACCCGUGGAAGAGCGCACACACACACACAAAGCGAAACCAACGGGCCUGGCUCGCCGCUUCGGCAUGAGUUUCGUCACCAAGAUGCGGCGUAACCUGAGGCGUCUGGUAAUCCUGCUCACUACUUUCUGUAUGGUGAGCAUCAUCGUCUCGGCCUAUUACCUGUACAGCGGCAACAACCAAGAGCUGGAAAUCUCCGACCGGGCGGCUGGCAUGGAUUGUGGGGACCUCAAGUUUCUGCCUUAUAGGCUCCUGGAGUUGAAGACGGCAAAGCCUAUCGACACGUCUAGGAAGGAGCCUGUAGUCCUGGUCUUUGUCGAGAGUCAGUACUCCCAGCUGGGGCAGGAUAUUAUAGCCAUUCUGGAGUCCAGCCAAUUUCGAUAUCACUCGGAGAUCGCGCCGGGAAAAGGCGACAUUCCACCCCUUACCAACAAGGGUAAAGGACGGUAUGCUCUCAUCAUCUACGAGAACAUGAUGAAGUACGUCAACAUGGACCUGUGGAACAGGGACCUUCUGGACAAGUACUGUGUGGAGUAUAGUGUGGGAAUUAUUGGCUUUCACAAGGCGAAUGAAAACAGUCCACCGGUUGUAAAGCUCAAGGGCUUCCCCCUGUACCUUCACACCAACCUUGGCCUUAAGGAUUGCUGUGUCAACCCCCGCUCACCUUUGCUCCACAUCACCAAAGCAGAAGCAGAUAGAGGUCCGCUCCCUGGGGAAGACUGGACGGUGUUCCAGUCCAACCACUCCACGUAUGAACCCGUGCUCCUGGCCAAGUCCAGGCAGUUGGACAGUAGUAAUGGACCGGCCCUCUCCGGCCAAUCUCUGCACGUCACAGUCAUCCAGGACCUGGGCCUUCAUGACGGCAUCCAGCGGGUCAUGUUUGGCCACAGCCUCAGCUAUUGGCUGCACCGGCUCAUCUUCGUUGACGCCAUCUCCUUCCUCUCGGGAAAGAAGCUAUCUCUGUCCUUGGAAAGGUACAUUUUGGUGGACAUAGACGACAUAUUUGUCGGGAAGGAAGGCACCAGGAUGAACGUCAAUGACGUUAAGGCCCUGCUGGACACGCAAAACCUCCUCCGAUCUCAAAUCACCAAUUUCACGUUCAACCUCGGAUUUUCCGGAAAGUUCUACCACACCGGUACGGAGGAUGAGGAUGAGGGUGAUGACCUCCUACUGAGAUACGUGGAUGAGUUCUGGUGGUUUCCGCACAUGUGGAGUCACAUGCAGCCGCACCUCUUCCACAACGAGUCGUCGCUAAUGGAGCAGAUGAUACUUAACAAAGAAUUUGCACUGGAACACGGCAUCCCCACCAACAUGGGUUAUGCGGUGGCCCCCCACCACUCGGGGGUCUACCCCGUACACAUGCAGCUGUACGAGGCCUGGAAAAAAGCCUGGGGGAUCCGGGUGACCAGCACAGAGGAGUACCCGCACCUCAAGCCCGCUCGCUACCGCAAGGGCUUCAUCCACAACAACAUCAUGGUACUUCCACGGCAAACCUGUGGCUUGUUUACACACACCAUCUUCUACAAGGAGUAUCCCGGGGGUCCCAAAGAGCUGGAUAAGAGCAUCAGAGGCGGGGAGCUCUUCCUCACCGUCCUGCUGAACCCGAUCAGCAUCUUUAUGACACAUUUAUCCAACUACGGAAAUGACCGGCUGGGUCUUUACACCUUCGUGAACCUGGCUAACUUCGUCCAGUGCUGGACCAACCUUAACCUGCACACACUGCCGCCACUGCAGCUGGCCCACAAGUAUUUCCAGCUCUUCCCUGAACAGAGACAGCCACUUUGGCAGAAUCCCUGCGACGACAAGAGGCACAAGGACAUUUGGUCGAAAGAGAAGACCUGCGACCGCUUGCCGAAGUUCGUGGUGAUCGGGCCGCAGAAAACCGGAACCACAGCGCUGUACCUCUUCCUCAUCAUGCACCCGUCCAUAUCAAGCAACCUUCCCAGUCUGAAGACCUUCGAGGAAGUUCAGUUCUUCAACACCAACAACUACCACAAGGGUAUCGACUGGUACAUGGAGUUUUUCCCCGUCCCUUCGAACGUGACCACCGACUUCCUGUUUGAGAAGAGUGCCAACUACUUCCCGUCUGAGGAUUCUCCCAGGCGGGCAGCCGCUCUGCUGCCCAAAGCCAAAAUCAUUACGCUGCUAAUCAACCCCUCGGACAGAGCUUACUCUUGGUACCAGCACCAGAAGGCCCACGAGGACCGCACCGCCCUCCAAUACAGCUUCUACGAGGUGAUCUCCGCAGGACACCACUCCCCGGCUGAGCUGCGCUCCCUCCAAAGCCGCUGCCUUGUCCCAGGCCUGUACGCCACCCACCUCGAGCGAUGGCUCACCUACUUCCCCCCUAGCCAGCUUCUGAUCAUCGACGGCCAGCAGUUGAGAAACGACCCUACUGCUGUCAUGGAUGAAGUUCAGAAGUUCUUAGGAGUCUCUCCAUAUUACAAUUACUCUCAGGCUUUGACGUUCGAUCCUCAGAAGGGAUUUUGGUGUCAGCUGCUGGAAGGCGGGAAGACAAAAUGCCUGGGGAAGAGCAAAGGACGGAAGUACCCCCCCAUGACCGCUGAGGUAUCUCGCCAUUCGCGCUUAAAAAUCACAGCUUGUUGUCUGUCUCGCUUGCUCUGUAUUUGACGAAAGAAUAUGAACAGUUUCUGAGUAGGUGACAGAAUUUCUCGGUGAAUUCCGUUGGUCCUGAUUAAAAAUAGUCUUGAAUUGACUGGCCAACCGAUCAAUUGACCAACCGACACACAGAAAGUCGGACAGACAGACAGAGAUUUUAUCCAGUAGCUUAUUCAAUAUAGCACAUGCCUGCUAGUUAAUUUUUUGCUUCUUUCGGCAACAAGCGGCAGUUAGAUGGUGACUCAUCUCUGAAGCUCAUUCUUCUUCCGGAAUCAGACAGUCAUUUGAGCCUGGAUAAAAUCUAAUGGAUUCAACCACAUUUUCACCCAGCAUUGUGUGUCCCCUGGUGUAUCCUACCGUUUACGGUCAUGCAGAUGUUAAAUGGAUUAUGCCUUUAAACCCAAGUAUAUAGCAAUUCAACAAUUCAGGAAUAUAAAUAUUAUGUAAUGUAGUAUCGCGUAUAUUGUGGAAUAGAGAAUUUGGAGAGCCUGUGAAAUUGUGGGCAUUGACUGACUUGAGACUGCAAGGAAAUUACAGAGAAACGGCUGUAGAGAAAGAGUUGCAUUUCAGGAGUCCUUUGAGUGUUUGUUUAAGCCUCUGAAAGGUAUCAGUUUACAUACAUACCUUGUAGCUGAGUAUGGGGGGCCUUUGUUUUAAGCCAUAAAAUAAAAACCUUCAAAAAAGAGCCCUUAAUUUGACAAAUUAGCAUAUCUCCAAAAAAAAAGAAGAUUUGUUUUGUUUUCACAGUUGUCUUACAUAAAGGAAGUUUCAGUAAUUAAAACGAAAACCCUAGAUGCAGUUACUACCAUUUCCAGUAUUACAGUUAACGUCUGCUUUUUUAAAAAAACAUUUAAAUAAAUUCUU